UCCCUCUCUCCCCCACCCUCUCCCUUUCAUGCUCCCUGGAGUACUGGCUGAAAGCUGAUUCCUUCCACUCCUUUUCCAGUGGUUUCUGUAGUAUUGUCUCCACCCUAUUCACUGUUUGUCUCCACUCCUGCGGUUGUGUUUGUUUGCUGUUACAUUGAGGCUGGUUUCUCUCCUGUAUUUUCUCAUGUUUUACCUUCGUCCCUCCAGCCUGAAUUAGAUCAUACUUUAAUGUUGAUCAGAGAAGCAGAAACCACACACGAGCCCAGUUAAUAAGAGUGGGAUCAAAGGGUGGAACUCAGGGUGCAGUGGAGACAGUCGGUGGGAGACAGUUUGAUGUUCACUAAAUGACUGUUUCUGCUUUGUAUUUACAGUAAUGGACAUCGAUGUAGACUACGAGCGACCGAACGUAGAAACAAUUAAAUGUGUCGUAGUUGGAGACAAUGCAGUGGGAAAGACAAGGCUGAUUUGUGCCAGAGCCUGUAAUGCCACCUUAAGCCAGUACCAGCUGCUAGCUACACAUGUGCCCACUGUUUGGGCAAUUGACCAGUAUCGGGUCUGCCAGGAGGUUCUGGAACGAUCGCGAGAUGUUGUUGAUGAAGUUCCAGUUUCUCUUCGACUUUGGGAUACCUUUGGUGAUCAUCACAAAGAUCGUCGCUUUGCAUAUGGCCGGUAAGGUAGAAGGGUAGCAUGCUCUUCUCAGAGACAUUUGUGUGAUGUUGACAUGGUGGCCUGUUUCUGUGCUGUAUCUCACCAUCACUGUAUUACAUUGAGAAGGUCACAUGUACUCAAAUGUGAAAAGUGCAAAACCACUUGGAGCACAAAGAUGCCUGAAUACAGCUUUUUCUGUUACAUUUUGUAGAAAAAAGAGAAGUUAAAAAGUCCAGAGUUGCAGAUUUUAGGAAUAAGUUAUAAAAUGGAGAAAAAUAAAAGUCAGAACCACAGACUUCCAAGCCAGUCCAUGCUGGCACUUAGCAUCCUGUCUACACCGGGGCCUUAGCUCCA